AUGCUUGACCGAACUGACAGCAACCGACCGGAACGUCGCUCUGCUCUUAUCGCGCAUGAACUAUCAAGGCUUGAUGUUGACAUUGCUGCCCUAAGCGAAGUCCGCUUCUCAGAAGAAGGCAGCCUACAUGAGCAGGGCGCUGGAUACACCCUCUUCUGGUCAGGGAAACCUGCAACGGAAAGACGUCUAGCUGGCGUUGGUUUCAUGCUCAAAUCUUCCAUCGCCUCCAAGCUGGAAAACCUACCAACUGGUCAUUCCGACCGCAUCAUGUCCAUGCGCCUGCCUCUAAAGAACAAGCAGCAUGCAACACUUUUUAGUGUGUAUGCUCCGACUCUUCAAGCCGAUCCUGCAGAAAAAGACAUGUUCUACUCGGAACUCCGCAGACUUCUCCAAAGCACCCCUGCAGACGACAAGCUGUUAAUUCUCGGCGACUUUAAUGCUAGAGUAGGACAGGAUGAUGUCGCCUGGAAAGGAGUACUCGGAAGGCAUGGUGUUGGAAAGUGUAACGACAACGGACGCUUGCUGCUGGAGCUCUGCAUGGAACAACAACUUGUCAUUACCAACACCGUCUUCCAGCAAAAGGACAGUCUCAAGACAACAUGGAUGCAUCCUCGUUCUAAACACUGGCACCUCAUUGACUAUGUCUUAGUGCGUGGACGUGACCUAAACGACAUCCUUCACACCAGAGUGAUGCCCAGCGCAGAAUGUCAUACUGACCAUCGCCUAGUGCGCUGCAAACUCAGGAUGCAUUUCAAACCUAAGCUAAGAAAGGGAGGCCCCCGCAGGAAAAAGUUUGAUCUUAACAAGCUACAGUCAGCUGAAGUGAAAGCUGAGUUCCAGGUAGGCAUACAGGCCAAGCUUGAAAACAACAGCUGCCUAGAGGAUCCUUCUCCUGAAACACUAUGGAACUCGCUUAAAGCUUCCAUUCUGCAGUCAUCUGAGGAAACUAUCGGGUUUUCCAUAAAGAAGAGCAGAGAUUGGUUUGACGAAAACAACAAAGAGAUCCAGGAACUGCUGGAAAAGAAGAGAUCGGCCCACCAGGCCCACCUGUCACAUCCGUCCUGUCCUGUGAAGAAAGCUGCCUUCCGUCACAUCUGCAACAACCUCCAGCGUAAGUUUCGUGUGAUGCAAAAUGAGUGGUGGACCAAACUUGCAGCAAGAACACAGCAGUACGCCGAUGCUGGUGACUACAGAAGCUUCUAUGAAGCCAUCAGGGCUGUUUAUGGCCCCAGACACCAGGCUCAGAGUCCAUUACGCAGUGCGGAUGGACUGACACUCCUCAAAGACAAGACAUCUAUCCUUACCCGAUGGUCUGAGCACUUCCAGGCACUCUUUGGAGCUCAGCAACCCUCCACAUCCCCCAGCUGUCAGUCAAGGAGGAACUGGAUGUACCGCCCUCUCUGCAAGAACUUACAAAAGCCAUUGAGCAGAUGA